AAAUCUUUUUACUAUCCAGACAGGUGUGUAGUCCAUUCUCUAGCCACGCCAUACUACGAUGUAGUAGGUAGCCUACAUGUGGAGGGAGUGACAUUUGACAUCCAAGCAACGGCGCACUGUGAGGCUGGAAUAAUUGACUUGAGGGCGAAACACUUGGUCAGGGAUGUGGAAAACGCUUGGCGAAGCUAAACCUUUUUCUGACUGUUUUCCGUGACAGCAGUUCACACGGUCUAUCUAGACUUGCUGGGCCAGCACUAACUUGGAACCUGGAGUGUGUGCAUCCAGCAGUCAGCGAAACCUUUCGAGUGACUCCGGCUAUCCAGUGCGUCAACCGUCCUGCUGUCAUAACAUCACUUAUCCCUACCCCUCUACAUACGGUAUAGGUUGUCUGUGCGUGACGUGAAACUGGUUGAAAGGAGAACCGGUUGCCAAGGGGAUUUAAUUAACAGAAAAGAAAAUGAAUUCUUAGGAACCAUUCAAGCCUUUCCAGGAACGCGCGCACGCACUGCAAAACCGAGCGUACGGUAAAUGCAUUCAGCCCGUCUCGGUCGAAGAGGCAAGGCCAAAUCCAAAAUAAGACAGCUGCAGCAAACAAACAUUCCACAGCUUGCUUUGCUCUUUGCUCCACAACAAACAACAAUUCACUCGAGCAGCAAGAGCCAACAACCCAUUACAAGUACAGAACGCUCAACUCCUGAGCUUCAAGAGGUCGCCACCAUUAUCUUACCAAAGCGCUACAACCCAAAGUAGUUUCGAACGUCGUAAACAGAAGAAGGACAAGCGCCAUGUUCAGUGUACCGAAAGGAAAUAGCAGAGAUGUCGAGGAAGAAAGCCCAUUCCUGAGGAGUGUCGCCGUAAUGGGCGGGGCACCCAAGCUGACUCCCCUAUCAGCAACUCCCAAGUUCGGCAAGGCUCCUGCUAUCGGUCUACCCAAGCCAAAGAUUGGGUUGAGCCAGUCCAGAACUUCUUUCACGGUCACCCAGGAAUGGACUUCAGCCGCUGCGUGGGAUGUCAAGAGCGAGGAUCUAGAACUCGUCCCUGUGGACUUUCCUUUGGAACGCACUCACCGUGAAAUUCGAUGCGAUGCGUCUGAAGUUGCCAAAAGAAUCUCGGAUUCCUUGAAGCAUCUUUCGAUUGAUGCCAAGUACGACAACGAAAAUGCCAAGGCCAAGUGCAAGACAAUGGAAUGUGUCAAGUUCCGCAUUCGUCUCUAUGCUGGAGGUGAAAAUGGGCAGCCUGUGGUUGUGGAGGUACAGAGACGUUCUGGUUCCACUUCCAGUUUCAUGCGUAGCUGUCGUGCUGUGCUUGAUGCUGCCGAGGGCGCGCAGGCUGCCGCUGCUGCUCCCCAAUCUGGAGCUCCGAAAGCCAUUGGCAAACCCGGCAAAUUCCCUCCCCCAAUGAAGAGUUUGGGUGCGAUGAAGUGCCUCCAGUCUGUCAGCGUUCCUGGACCCACCCCCGAAGAAGAAGCCGCCAUGGCGUUUGAUUCUGCUGCGAGCUUGUGCAAAUCGGGCAAACAUGAUUCGGUUGUAUUGGGGCUUGAGAGUCUCUGCAAUUUGACCGACCCAUUGAAGUCAUCCCCCAAGACUUCUAUUCAAGUGUCCAAAUGGGUGCUCUUGGGACACGAGACUCACACCACCCGCGACGAUAUUACCGCUAUUCUGAACAUGGUGCCAGACGAAGAGGAGGAGGAUCUUCUGGUUGUUUUUGGCCAGCAGAAACAUUUUGCAGUGAUGGCCUUAGCGAAUGCAUUGGAUAUGUGCGCUAAGGAUGGAUGCCUCGCGAGUGCUGUAACGGAGCAGUCGUGGUUUGAGAGCUCCUUGGUUCCUUCACUUUUGGCCAUCCUCAAGGAUGCUGUCGAUUCUGCUAGCAACGCAUACGCUGCGGCCCGGGGAUUGUCCAGUUUGCUUUCCUCCUCGAACGCCACCCUGCCUAUGAUUGAGGAGAAUAAUGGCGUCGAGACACUCAAGAUGGCACACGAAUUCGGGCUACAAAACCACGAUCUGCUGGCUAGCGAGGCUGCUGGUUGUCUCGAAUCAGUGAAGGGCUCUCACUAGAUGGCGACCGGUAUAUUGGUGGAAGAAAACUUGUAAACAGGAAGGAGAUGAUGAAGGAGAUUUCUUGCACGUUCCGAUGUUGAGGCGAGACGCUGGGAGCAGCUGUUGAAUACUAUCCUGCUGCUGAAGAGUUUUGCCCAGUAAAACCUCGAUGCAGCUUUAAACGACACAAUUCGUCAUAAAUGCACAUUUUCACAUU